UUAUCAUUGCGUUCUAGGACCUGGAAUAGUGUUGGAAAUGCAGAAUAGUCGCUACCCGAAGAUAAGGCGAUAUUCGCCAUACGGCUAGGCCUCUAUGAUAUCUGCAGAGGUGAUUGGGCUCAUCAAGUCGGGAAGUCUAACUAACAUGUUUGGUGGGUGUCUCAACCUUGAGCACCGACACGGAGGCGCCACUAUGACAACAGCGGGGCAUGUAUGCACCUGCCAAAUAGCCCUGAUGCUAGAACAUUGCUUCAAUUACUCUACUAGAGUCCGGGGACUGUUUAUGGUUUAGUGACAACAUCUCAGACCCACAGUGCCAGCGGUAGGCUCAGCGUUCAGCCUUGUCAAAGCAGCAAAUGAUUCAAGCGGAUAGGCACCUUUUAGUGGAGCAUUAUUCAGCCUCACCACCAUACAUCAUCAUUUAAAGACUGCUUACUCCUGUGCUGUGAUCCCAUUUCGUGGUCAGUUGCUCUUCGCUUCUACCACACACCAUGGGUCUCGACGCACUCCCUAAUGAAAUUCUCUGUCUUCUCCCACUCUACAUCGAUAACAUCGAGACCUUUACCAACGCAGCAGCAUCAUGUCGCAGACUCCGGGAUUGUCUGUACACAGCACAGCCCAACACAAUCCUCCAGCUAGCCGCCGCCUCGGCCCCCACAUUCUUCUCUCCCCACCCUCAUUUCCUCGUCGCUGCCACGGCCCGACAAGCCAGUGACUGGGCAUUAGGAAAUGAAACACGUACAUUAGCCCUCCGCGAAGCCUUCCAAGGUGGAAUUGACAGCCUCUACGAAUUCUGCCUUCAACAUGCAGGCCUAACGCUAGAAGACAUCCGGAGAACACAUCUAGCCCGGUUCUCCACCAUUAACCCGCUCUCGGACAAGAUCGACAAGAUGGCCGGCAGGCAGUGGUACGCCACGCCAAACUUCUGGGACGGCGGGGUAAGCGAACCCUACACCAUCCAAACGGAGGCAGAUCGAGCGGCCUUCCAGAUUAUCAUAUAUGGGGAGUUGUUUGGGCGGAGUAUGGAUGCGUUCUUGCAGCCGGAAAAGAAUCUCCCCUAUUUCGAUGUACGAACACGCAUCGAUUACUUCACCUAUUGUCUCCCAGAUUGGGUUUGUUCUAGUUACCCCGGGUUUACAAGAUUGCCCACCGGUCCGUACGCGCCGCACCUUGAGAGGCCGAGGGAAGGAGACCAGGUGGCCAUGCACCAUAUCCUGCAUUGUGGUCGAUGGCGGCGCAUGUGGGCUGCUGCCAUUUCGUCGGUUCUUGACGAUGACGAUGCUUUCAUUCAUGAGGAUGAAGAGAAUGAGUUCUGGAAGAAGAGGAUGUUGCGUAAUGCGGUGCAGAGUCAGGGACUGGAGGGGAUGCAACUAGUGACGCUGCCGGUGGACAAAAUGGAUAAAGAAUAUGUACAAAAGGUGAGGAGGAUGAAGCAGCAGAUCGAUCAGCUGAAUGAGCCUCCACCGGUCGAAUUGCUGGGCAAGGGAGCGCUUACUCCCGUGUCAUUUGCUCCAGACCCUCCCCAUGAUGUUGAAAUUCCAUGUAGGGAUAUGUGGGGCCCGUGGGUAGCAUUCAACCAAGAUGCAGCGUCGGAUACAGACUCGGAAGAAUAAUCGGAUCCAGAUUGGGAGUUGACAUAGUGGCCCAUGGGGGGUUGGCAGCAUUAGGUUGUUUUACGGUUGUAAACGGGUGGUAGUACUUAUGAACAUUUAUACACACACGAUCACCUAAGAAAAAAGUGGUUUUGACACGCAAAUCAGACACGUACGAUCCUAACGAAGAAUUUUGGAAGAUUGUCAAAAUUAAUAAAGCCCUUCAUCCGACCAAGGCGAAGACUCUCAGGAGCAGAGCAAUUGGUGAAGACGGGCUAACGAUAAAACGCGAUCAUUGAGUAGUACUUCGCUGCGGAGGUGAUGAUUAUCGUGCCUGAUCUCCCCGAAAGACCAACCAACGCUAUGCCAUACAAUUGGAUAGUGUAGUAGAUCCGCGACUACAAAGUCCGGAUCAUUGAUACUACAUGGGUACAGCUGGGUAGGACUAUCAAUAAGAAUGGCCUUACUUGGAGGAAGCUCGAUAACCGAGUCUUGCAGUUUAGGGGAAAUUACCGACUCGCAGGGCGCUAUCUCUAUUUUCACUAUAGUCUCCAGGUGGUAAGACGCGCGUGAAAACUUGGCCCCGGCUAAAGAGCUGUAUUCUAUCACACCGACGAGUUUGGAAAGCCCUUUUGGGGCACACCCGGCCGUUACAUCGCCAAAAAUAUGCUCCGAGCAUUUGUGGAAGAACU